GUCGGCAUCUUUCUUCCCUGCCCGGCCAUUGUUCGUGCCGCGCUUCUAGCAACGCUGGGCCGGUAACCCCCUCUCCCUCCUUGCGCGUUCCGGGUCUCGUGAGUUGGCUGUGGGGACCGGGAAUGGAGGCGGGUCAGGGAGGGUGGGGCUGGAAAAGGGGUGUGGAAAGUGAACCUCAGCCGCUGGGAAGUGGGAGCCGGAGGAGGGGGCGGCGGUCAGUGCCGGGCGGCUUCGGGCGUCCCCUAGACCAGAGUGGCCAUCCCCAGCAGUGGGGACAUUGUACAAGAAAGGGUUGUAGGAGGACUGCGAGGCUGAAGGGUCACCUCGGUGAAUAACGACAACAGGCUUAGGACUCAGGAAAAGAAACACCCGGGAGAGGAAGUUAAGGACAAUUAAGACUUUGGCAGCCUUCACGAUGGAGAACCUGUAUACCCUCUUACCUCUAGAUUCUGAAAGUAAAUUAAGGGGCGUUGAAUGGACUGGUUUUGAAGCGCAGAAUGUAGCAGUUCCCGAUUCCCUUUUCCUUAGUUAAUUGAUUCUCAAACCUUAUAAUACAUACAAAUCACUGAGGAGCCCGUUAAAGGGCAUAUUCUGGGUCUCCCUGUACUUCUCUCCACCUCCCAAUUCAGAUUCCCCAGAUGUCUGCCAUAGAGCCUUUCAAGCUGGAAUUCAGCUGCUGCGCUGUGCUCCCUGACAUUUUGGAGACACACAUUUUGGGAACACCCCCAUGGGUUUCAGGGGCUUCCUGCGUCUGUGGAGAAAACUUUUCCCUUGGGCUUCUUUGGCUUCUUAGGAUUGUCCUCAAAAAGAAGUUGACCUUGGGCAAUCUACUUUCCCUGGCUUCCAUUUCUUAUCUAGUGAAAUAAUUAUUAUAAUAAAACCUCAGUGGGUAAUUGUGAGGAUGAAAUAUAGUCUUGUAUCUGAAAGCAUAUUGUAGACUUGUGCAGUGUUGACUGUUAUUCUUCAGUAGCAGCAGGGCGGUGUGGAAAGCUCCAGGACUUGGAAUCCACCUAAGCCUUUCUUUCUGUAAAUUUAGUGAAAAUAAUACCAACCUUAAAUGGUUGUUUUGAAGAUUAAGAAAACUGAAGUAAAUAGUAAAGUAAAUGUUGGUUCAUUCAUUUAGUCGACAGUAACAAUAUUUCCAUUUAUUCUUUCUCUAAGUUGAUGUUUAUACAGUGAGUUCAAACUUUUUAUUCAGACUUUCUGAGUGAUCGGUGCAGUCCCUAAUUCAUGGGCUGUUUUCCUCCAUGAACUCUGUGAAGUAUUAUUGCUAUUUCUUCUUCACAUAAAGAAACCAAGAUUGAAAGAAGAUUUAAAAACAUGGCACAAGGUCACACAACUAGUAAAUAUUAGGAUCAGAAUAAAACCUAGGUCUGGGUCAGGUGUGGUGGCUGACACCUGUAAUCCCAGCACUUUGGGAAGCCAAGGUGGGAGGAUCACUUAAACCCAGGAGUUUGAGGUUGCAGUGAGCUGUGAUUAUGCCACUGCACUCCAGCCUGGGAAACAGAGUGAAAUUCCCCAUUUAAAAAAAAAAGAAAGAAAGAAAACCCAUAUCUGGGUAACUUAAAAGCUUAUGCUCUUUGCACAUUAUGAAUAUAUUUCCAUUAUUUCCAUCCUUUGGUCACCAAAUCACUUUUCAGAGAAGAGCUGUAGGGCCUAUGAUAAUUUCUUGUAUUAUCAGUUUGUGUCAUCAGCUAUUAUCAUUUUUCUAUAUAAAUAAUUUAUUUUUACUGCUUAGGCAAGCGCCUCCAAGGUUUGUCUUGAAGCAUAGCUCCAGCUGGAGGGUACCUUUUAAGGUCAAGAUGAAUACAAACUCAAAGGAGGUUUUAUCCCUGGGUGUUCAAGUUCCCGAGGCAUGGGAAGAACUUCUGACAAUGAAAGUGGAAGCAAAAAGUCACCUUCAAUGGCAGGAAUCCAGACUGAAACGCAGUAAUCCACUGGCAAGGGAAAUCUUCCGAAGGCACUUUCGACAGCUGUGCUACCAAGAGACCCCUGGACCAAGGGAGGCUCUUACUCGACUCCAGGAACUUUGCUACCAGUGGUUGAGGCCACAUGUGAGCACAAAGGAGCAGAUUUUGGAUCUGCUGGUGCUGGAGCAGUUUCUAUCCAUUCUGCCCAAGGAGCUCCAGGGCUGGGUGAGGGAACACUGUCCAGAGAGUGGAGAAGAGGCUGUGAUUUUGCUGGAGGAUCUGGAGAGAGAGCUCGAUGAACCACAACAUGAGAUGGUGGCCCACAGACACAGACAAGAAGUCCUCUGUAAAGAGAUGGUGCCUCUAGCAGAGCAGACACCACUGAGCCUUCAGUCCCAGCCUAAGGAGCCACAGCUCACAUGUGACUCUGCUCAGAAGUGCCAUUCUAUUGGAGAGACAGAUGAAGUAACCAAGACUGAGGACAGAGAGUUGGUGCUAAGGAAAGACUGUCCUAAGAUAGUGGAACCACAUGGGAAAAUGUUUAAUGAGCAGACCUGGGAGGUAUCACAGCAGGAUCCCUCACAUGGAGAAAUUGGUGAACAUAGGGAUAGGAUAGAGAGGCAGUGGGGAAACCUCUUAGGAGAGGGGCAACACAAAUGUGAUGAAAGUGGGAAGAGCUUUACUCAGAGCUCAGGUCUCAUUCGACAUCAAAGAAUUCAUACUGGAGAAAGACCUUAUGAAUGUAAUGAAUGUGGGAAAGCCUUCAGUCGAAGUUCUGGUCUUUUUAAUCACCGAGGAAUCCACAAUAUACAGAAACGGUACCACUGCAAGGAGUGUGGGAAGGCCUUCAGUCAGAGUGCGGGUCUUAUCCAGCAUCAGAGAAUCCACAAAGGAGAAAAGCCGUAUCAGUGCAGUCAGUGCAGUAAGAGCUACAGUCGGCGUUCAUUUCUCAUUGAACAUCAGAGAAGCCACACAGGGGAGCGACCUCACCAGUGCAUUGAAUGUGGGAAAAGCUUUAAUCGACACUGCAACCUCAUUCGCCAUCAGAAGAUCCACACAGUGGCUGAGCUGGUCUAGGGCUUGGCUAUGAGCAAGUUUUCCAGAUCACCACCCAAGUUGUGUGGGGCAGGUUGAGACUAGAAAAUGCCUCUUUCUUCCUUUCUCCAUGAAGUGUGUUUGAAACAAAUCCUGACUUAAGGCCCAGGGACUUCCUUAAAGGAAAGUUGGGUGUUUGAAGCUACUGUUUUCUCUUUUGUUCGUUUUACCUCUUUCUUACUCUUACUAGCUGUGUCCCUCUUAUUUAUAAUUUAUUUAUUUUUUUGAGAUGGCUGCUAAACCCUUCUAAUAAUAUAAUAAAUGGCACUGCCACAGCCAACAUGCCUGAAA